ACAGUACCAUCAAAUCUGACAGCAGCUCAAUCAACCUGUUAUGUGGUUCAAGCUCAAGUUAGACACCCACACAUGUCCAGGUAUCAAUGCGAGAUAAAAUCCCCUGUCAAAAGGUUACAUUGUUUUUUGCACUAUAAUGUAAAAUAUGGCAUUAAAUGCAUUUAAGGGAAAUUCCAAGAACGAAAGCUAAAUACAGAUUAUACCAUCCACCGUUUUGGAGAUCUUACACAGGUUAAAAGUUAUCCCAUGCACAAAAACGCAGACAGUAUCUCAAAAGUGACUUGACUGGGUGGAGAAGUGCAAUGUGCGGAAAAGACGACGACUGAGAAAGAGAAGUAGCACAGGAAGUGACUGAGGUCUUGGUUAAGAGACGGUGAUGCUCGCUCAGAUGCGCCGACUCUUCAGCCAGCUGGUGAGGUGCAGCAGACAUUUUCUGCUCCGUCUUCUUCUCUGAGUUCUGCUACAUUAGAUGGACAAUCUGGAGGGGGGCCUAGGAUCAAGUCUGCUGAGGAAGCUUUCCUCCAGGAAGUCUCACCAGCGCAACAACAGCCCUCAGCCUCCAGGGGACAAUGAGCAGGGAGCGAGUGGAGAUGACAGCGGGACGGGAAGACUCAGAGGCAGACUGUCUCGUCUGUCAGGCAGACAUCAGUCCAGGGAUCCUCCAAGACCUCCGGUUCAUGCAGAAAGGCCUCCUGCUCCCCCUGUUCAGCAAGAUGAGAGGCUUCCACCUCCAGCCCUGGUUUUGCCUUCAGUUUCCCAUCCUCCACCAGCUCCUUUCCCACUUCCCGUAGAUCAGCCACCCGCACGGCCCGACAAAUCCACGAAGCCCAAACUCCCUCCCCGACCGCUCUCCAAGGUGUUCUUCAGUGAUGAACAUGGAUCGGCUGUGUUGCAGGGCCUUGAUACUUUCCGAGGAGAUGAGACUCUCUGUGAUGUCGUCCUGAUUCCCGGAGACAGCACAGACGCUUUCCCAGUUCACAGAGUCAUCAUGGCUUCGUGCAGUGAUUAUUUUAAGGCAAUGUUCACAGGAGGCAUGAGGGAGCAGGAGAUGAGAGAGAUCAAGCUGCAUGGGGUCACUAAAGCCGGCUUAAAGAACAUCAUAGAGUUCAUUUACACAUCCAAAGUCAUCCUGGACAUGGGCAACCUCCAGGACACGCUGGAAGCUGCAAACUUCUUGCAAGUCAUGCCUGUUCUGAGUUUCUGCAACGAGCUGCUGAGCAGCGAGAUUACAAUUGAUAACUGCGUGGAAGUGGAGCGAAUUGCCACAGAUCUUCUUCUUGAGGACGUUCUGGUGAAUAUAGGUAAAUUUGUAGGCCAGAACCUCACAGCGCUGGUGGACUCCGGCCGGUACCUGCAGCUCUCUGAGUCCAGCAUCGCCGACGCUCUGGCCAGCAAUUCGCUGAACGGUUUCUCAGAACUGGAGCUCUACCACAUCGCCAAGGGAUGGCUGGAGCACGACCCUCCCUCUCGCCACUCCUCUGUUUAUGCCCUGAUGCGCCACAUUCGUUUCCCCCUGAUGAGCCCCGGCGAGCUGAUCCAGAUCUCUCAGGACGAGGAGGAGGAAAGAGAAUCCAUGAUGCGCUCUGACACCGCCUGCGUGAACCUCCUGCUGGAAGCCAGCAACUACCAGAUGAUGCCUUACAUGCAGCCGGCCCUGCAAACCGAGAGGACGCAGAUCCGAUCGGACGCCACGCACAUCCUGGCGCUCGGCGGCGUGAUGCGACAGCAGCUGGUGGUGAGCCGGGAGCUGAGGCUCUAUGACGAGAACACGGGCCAUUGGAGGGCUCUGAAGCCCAUGGAGGUGCCCCGUUACCAACAUGGAGUGGCUCUUCUGGGAGGCUUCCUGUUUAUUGUUGGAGGUCAGAGCACGUACGACACAAAGGGGAAGACAGCCAUAGACAGCGCCUACCGUUACGAUCCCCGCUUUGACAAAUGGCUUCAGAUUGCCUCCCUCAAUGAGAAAAGGACCUUUUUCCACCUCAGCGCUCUGAAGGGGAAACUGUUUGCAGUGGGAGGAAGGAACACCUCGGGGGAAAUUGACACUGUGGAGUGCUACAACCUGAAGAAAAACGAGUGGACCUUUGUGACCAACAUGGUGGAGCCACAUUAUGGGCACGCUGGAACAGUUCAUGGAGGCCUCAUGUACAUCUCAGGCGGCAUCACACGCGACACCUUCCAGAAAGAGCUUUGGUGUUACGACCCAGUCGCCGACACGUGGAGCCGCAGGGCCGACAUGAUGGAGCUGCGCGGCCUGCACUGCAUGUGCACGGUGGGGGACAGACUCUACGUGAUGGGCGGGAACCACUUCCGAGGCAGCAGCGACUACGACGACGUCCUGGGGUGCGAAUACUACAGCCCAGACACCGACCAGUGGACGGUGGUGGCCCCGAUGCCUCGCGGGCAGAGCGACGUCGGCGUGACGGUUUUCAACGGGCAGAUCUACGUGGUGGGGGGUUACUCCUGGAACAGCAGAUGCAUGGUUGACAUUGUCCAGCGGUAUGACCCCGAGCAGGACGUUUGGGACAGGGUAUUCAAUGUGCUGGAGCCCCUGGGAGGAAUCCGGGCGUGCACGAUGACUGUUCAUCUGCCGGAGGGGUCGGUGGAUGAGGCUGAGAUACCAGAUUGCCUGUUACCCACAGCUAAGAGCUGCUAGCCGCACAGAGGGGGGGUUUCCAGCUUACACUGUGGCAAUAGGAGCCCAAAACAGGAAGCAGUGUGGGUUGUAACAGACAAGUUUCAUGUGCAAAUAAGGCUACCUUAGCGUUUGCAUUGUGCAGUUUGACACUUUGACACACAUCUUCUGUUUUCCUGUCUAUUCCUGUCCUUUCACAGGCUAUUAGCCAUGUAGCGCUCCCCAUGCUCCGCUGCUUGCGUUCUCCCUAAGACUCUGAAUAAACGACCAAACCAGC